GAGGGCAGGGGUGCGGAGGAGAGAGAGAGGGAGAGAGAGAGAGAGAGAGAGUGAGAGAGGGAUGGAGGAAAAUGAUGGGAGGAGGAGGAGGAGGAGGAGGAGGAGAGGGAGGAGCAGAGGGCAGGCAGGCGCUCAGUCUGUUCGCUCGCAGGAGGAAUCAGCAGCAGCAGCAGGACAAUGGACGGUCUCCACCGCGGCUCCUAACGGGCACCGGGCUGUUUCCGACACACUGGAAUACAAGGAGGUAAAUGUCACACAGCUCCGGGAUGCUGCUGUCCUCAUCUCUGCAAACCUGCUGUUCACCAGGGGGCAUCUGACCGACCAAACAUGAUGAAGACUGAGCCCCCGUCGGCCACGGGGGGCAACGGGUCCUCCGGUGGCAGCAGUGGGGGGAGCGGGAACUCCAACCUGCGGAGUCCCUCGCCCCACCGCAACGCCUACCAGGCGGGGCUGGCGGCCCUCAAGAAGGCCACCGACCACCUCAACAAUGCCGCCAACGGAGGCGCCGAGCCCUCCUCGAAGCCCACUCCUCUGCCCCGCCCAACUGGGAGGGGCCGGAAGUACGGAUCGAACGUUCACCGCAUCAAGAACAUGUUCAUGCAGAUGCAGUCUCCUGGUGAUGAGGAGGAUGGAGCUAAAAUGAUUGGUAAAGAUCAGGCUGUGAAGCUGUCCCUGCCGAGGGCAUCCAGCCUCAAUGAGAACGUGGACCACAGCGCCCUGCUCAAGCUCGGGGCCACAGUCUCAGAGAGGGUCAACCGCUUUGACUCUAAACCCGGUGGGGAGGGUGGGGGCUCCUCUGCGGGCUAUUCCAAGCUCCAGGAGACCCGGAGGAUCUUCGAACAGCGGACUCUACAGGAGAAGCAAGCUGCCACCAACCGGAUCUUGUUAAAGAAGGAGCGGGCGUCAGGCUUCCAGGACAGCCGUCUAGAUGUCGUGGCUCGCUUUAACGGCUCCACUGAGGCUCUGGACCGGCUGGACGACCCCCCCGCCCCUCCUCCUGCUCCCCCUCUCGCUGCUCCCACUGCCGCUGCUUCAGUCGGACCUCAUGACGCCGUCAGCCCCACCGUCAGCCAGCUCAGUGCCGUGUUCGAGAAGAGCCAACCGCAAAACAAUCUCUACCUCCCCCAGCGUCGGCCAGGUCCUGCCCUAGCACCGAAACCAAAACCACCAGCCAGAGCAGAAGCUGGAAGGAAGGCAAAGGUGUUACCUCCAGGUAAGGAGAACCACGAGGAGGCGGCAGCAGGAGUUGAGAGCACCCAGGCAGCAGAGCUACCAGAGGGGACCGGCUCUCUGCAGAGGAGCGAGGGAGGAGCGAUCGCAAGCGAAGAGAAGGAGGAGUUUGGACAGUCCGGAGACCAGCUCUCCAACUCCUCAUCGUCCUCAGUGACUGUCACUUCCUCCUCUUCCUCUUCGGAGAUCAAAUCGGAGUUGGCAGCCCAGCCAGCAGCAACUGAAGCCAGGGGCUCAAGCACGGUGGCCCCGGAGCGAGGGCCGCAAGCCGAGGAGCAGGACAGCUCCGCGGAGGCCGGGGCCAGGCUCGUCCAGGCCGAUGUUCAUGCCUCGCUGGAAAAUGGAGAAAAAGAGCCUUCAAGUUCCUCCCCCUCCUCAGAGGAGAAGGAGGCGGACUCCGAUGAGAGGAGAGGUGAGGGCGAGGAGGAGGAGAAUGACGAGGAUGGCUCGAGGAAGGACGAUUACUCAGAGGGCGAUCUGGUGGAUAUCAGUGCAUACAGCGGGCUCGGGGAGGAGGACUCUGGCGGCAGCCAGCUAGAUGAUGAGGAGGAUGAGGAAGAUGAGGAGCCAUAUCACCCGGAGACCAGCUGCUCCGAGAUCACGGGCCUACCAGAGGAAGAGGAGCCCGUGCCGCCCAAUAGGAAGAUCCGGUUCAGCACAGGGCCGAUCAAGGUCUUCACCACCUACUCUAACGAAGACUACGAUCGCCGCAACGAUGACGUUGACCCCAUGGCCGCCUCGGCCGAGUACGAGCUGGAGAAGAGGGUGGAGAAGCUGGACCUAUUUCCUGUCGAACUGGAGAAAGACAGUGAUGGUCUGGGUAUCAGUAUCAUAGGGAUGGGCGCAGGAGCUGAUAUGGGUCUGGAGAAACUGGGAAUCUUCGUCAAGACGGUGACCGAGGGUGGAGCUGCGCAGAGAGACGGCAGGAUCCAGGUAAACGAUCUGAUCGUGGAGGUUGAUGGAACCAGCCUCGUCGGCGUCACUCAGAGUCUUGCUGCGUCUGUCCUUCGCAACACCAGCGGCACCGUCAGGUUCGUGAUUGGCCGCGAGAAGCCGGGGGAGCAGAGCGAAGUGGCUCAGCUGAUCCAGCAGACUCUGGAACAGGAGAGAUGGCAGAGAGAGAUGAUGGAGCAGAGAUACAAGCAGUACAUGGACGAUGAUGAGGAGACAGGUGAAUAUGCGACAGACGAAGAGGAGGAGAUGAGUCCAGUGUUUCCAAACUCCAUCGAGGUUUUCGACCUGGCCGAGAACCAGGACAUGUUGUCUCCCGUGGAGCUGGACCCUGAGAAGCUGGCCCACAAAUUCAAGGAGCUCCAGAUCAAACAUGCGGUAACCCAGGCGGAGAUCCAGCUGCUGAAGAGGAAGCUGGCUCACGCCGAGCAGGAUAAGUUGCGUUGGCGGAUGGAGCGUGCUCAGUUGGAGCAAAACAUCCGGGACAGUAAAGAGAGGAUGGAGAAACUGGAGGGCUAUUGGAUGGAGGCGCAGUCUCUGUGUAAGGCGGUGGAUGAACACCUGAAGGAAACCCAGUCUCAGUACCAAACCCUCGAGAGAAAAUACAGCAAGGCCAAGAGACUGAUUAAAGAGUACCAGCAGAAAGAGAUAGAGUACCUGAAGACGGAGACGGCUCAGCGUCGAGCGCAGGAAGAGAGUGAGGCAACACACAAGGAGGAGGCGGACAACCUUCAGGAAAAGAUUACAGACCUGGAGACCAAAGUGGACGCCCUGAAGACCCCCAAACCCUCCUAGACUGCUGCUACUUCCUACCUCCUGUCUGUGACUGGAAGAGGAGGAGCUCUGCCUUCAUCCCGACCUGGGCUGUAUUUUAUUCCAAUCAACCAUUUACUGCACGGACAGGUAGUAAAAAAAAAAGAAAAUAACAGGGAAGACAAUUAUAAAAACUGAGGACGAGGAAGGGGACAUACAAAGAGGAAAGAAGCAACCUCUCAUCUGACAUUUGCCAACAGCUUAGAGCUCUGUCAGUCAACAUCCAAUCCCGGAAUGCACCUUCUGUAAUACCCAGAAUCCUCCUUGUGUGUCUUCCUGGCAAUCAAGCUUGGCAAUCAACACGGAAACCACAUUCAACCACCCGUACUUUAUUCGUGGAUGAUCUUUAUUGGCUUCUUCCUCUCUUCAACAACAGUAUCUUACCGGGAUCCUACUAUUGAUUCAGAUUUAUUUUGAAAAAAAAAGGCGCUUUUAUUAAACAGGCUCGUCACAAAGUGCUUUAUAGGGUGACAGAGGACAUACUUGCAGAGUAAAAACAGGAAAAACGGGAGGAGGAUGAAGCUCAUUUGAUUGUCGUGAUACUACUUUUGAAAAAGGUGGUAGAUGAACCAUUCCUUUCUUUUUUUUUUAUUUGUCUGGGACUGGACUGGAUUCUUCCUUUUUUUUUUUAUUUUUUUUUUUUAUGUCAUGUAGAAAUUGACCGUCGAGUCAAGAACCGCGAGGAGAAGCGGCCACGCACACACUUUUCACCUCAAGACUCGACACGAAUUCCGAAAGGGGGGAAGCCUCAGUGGUAACGCGCCACAAACAAAGAAGAAACUUUGAAAAGGAAAUAGCCACCUGCUGAUAGUCAAGUAAUAAAAACUAUAAAAACACGAUGGCCGACAAAUUUCUGAUCAGCGACAAAAAACAGUGGAAAAAAAAAAACAGAACUCCCCCAGCCUUUGGUUUCUCUUUUCUAGCCUCUCUGCAAGUGAUGGAAGGAAAUCAGGCAGAAGUGUGGUCUGAACUGUGGUGGCAUACUGUUUGUAUAUACUCUAUACAUGUAUUUAAAAGUGUUUAAAUGGCUUUAGAAAUUAAGUGGGUCCGAUAUCCGAGAGUAAGGCCGUGCAAUGAGUCAAUAAGGACGUCUUGCUGCCGAGGGUGAAAUAGAUCAGUAGUCCAGAAUCAGUCUGGUUCAUCUCUUUUUCUAUCAACAUCAAUGGCAAACAGGGUGUGAAUAGUCUUAAUAUGUGCGUAUAGAGCUUCUUAUGGUGUAUAUUUGUUGGUGUUUACUAAAGUAUCCGUGGGUUUACAUGCACACAAAACGAUCCUGCGGUUCAGGGAUGGUCGUGUGUUCUCGAGUCGGAGGGAGGUUUUUUUCAGAAAUCCCUUCUCGUCCGGGUUCACAAAACCUGGAACGUGCUCCUUCGUAUACGGCCAAAUCCAGUAUUCACAAUCAGCUGAUAUGUGCGAGGAGAUAUCUCGGGCUGCACUUUGUAGAGACGGUUGUUCAAACAUUUCUCGAAGGCAGAACUGUUCCAGAAAUAAUCGCGUUAGUUUAGGUUAGCAUGAGUGGGUGCAGCCAGAGUGCCAAAAACACGCUGUCCGGUGGCAGAUUAUUUAUACUGCGGAGACUAGAAAAUAGAUGUGUUUUUAUUUUAUUUUUCAUUUUUUACAUGAACACUUGACUCAAACAAGUGUGUUUUUUAUUGAGUUUUAUCAGGAAUUACAACCAUGAAGAACAUCUCUCAGUCAGCACUUUACGGUUAUAGAAUAAACAGUCAGUGUUCUCUGUUGGAUGAACUGUUUAAUGGUAACAGUGUUUCCAAAUGAUCUGACAUGCAACCCGGCUGCUACGGAAGCCAAGAAAUGCCAUAAUGACUUCUUUUUUUUUUUCUUUUUUUUUUUCUUUUAAAUAAUCAACUGAAAACCUAAUUGGAAAGUUGAACUACCAUUAGAUAGUGUCCAAAGUUUUCAGUCAGUUAUCUGAACACGUGACUGGCUAGAGGCAACCUGAUGGAUUCCUUCACCCUGCGGCAGGCCGAUUCAGAUAAUCUCAUUUAAUUGCAGUCCAAUUCCGGCCAGGCCAAAGAAAGGCCUGGCUUUAAUUGGACUGCAGUGGAUAUUAGUAGAGAUUUGCAAGAAAAGGAUGCUCAUGUUUUCCUUCUGAAUUUGUGAACACGUUGAGUUUUUGAAAUGUUAUUGAAAGUAAUCAUUAGGUUGCUGUUACAGCAAAAUGAUUUGGACCUUUCUUUGCUUCCAUAUAGGCCGGCCUGUAUAGACUAGUUAGCGUUUCUGAUUUGGUCAAGCUAUUCAUAAAUGCUAUUUAAGCAAACAGAUAUCACAAUCACGAAUGAAAGCGUGAGUAAAUCCUUGCGAGUUCUAUCUGUAUUGCUAUCUUCAUCAGUACAUGUUGUCUCCAAAGCAGCUAAUGAAGCCUUGCAAACCCACAGGACAGUCUUGCCCCUGAGAAAUGUUUGUGCAGCGAGACCUUCACAUUGAAAUGAGCGACAGUGUUAUUCAGAAAACGGUGUGCAUGUAAACACACACCACGCCUUUCGCAUUGGGGGUAGAGUAGAAGGUCCCAGUGCCAGUAUUAUGAGUUUAGAAAAUUAAUUUAUAAGUUAGUGAUACAAUGCCGGACAUAGUCCAAACAUGGUUUGAAUAUGAAAGUGUUGAUGUGGCCAUCGCAGGACAGAUUAUUUCAUAGGAACUCAGUUGGCCCGGGAUGUGCAGCAGGGUUCAUCUGUGUUUUUUUUUCAAACAGGGUCGGUUUCGUUGGUCAGAUAAAUCGGAUGAGUCACAAGCAGUUUUAAAAACACUCAGCAGAAAGAAAGCAACCAAAGGAAUGGUGUUGCUUGUCAGAUGGGUCAAAUGUUAAGAGAUAUAUUCUACUAGAGAUGAGAACAGGAAGCGUUUCUAUGAAUUGUCCCUGAAGAGUUAAAUCGGCUAAUGCAGAAUUGUAUUGAUUUGCCCCUUGGAAAUAACAAAUGCCCUUUUAAGGGAGUGGACGAAUUGGCCUAUUUGAUCCUUAACCCUGUGACACUGUGGGUACAGCACAGUCUCUGUUCAUACAGUGAGAGUGUAUGUUUGCAGUAUUUGGUUUGACUACUGUCCAGGUGAGGGCUGUUCGAUGUUCCAGGUAUGAGGGCAAAAUGGUGCUCAAUAGAUCAGUGUUCAUACACAAGUAACUCAUACACAGUAUCGAACGAGCUAAUUGUGUUUUUUGCUGCUCUAAUGUGAUCAUUCACCGUGGUGAUUACUAAGCGUUGGUGUUUUGUUAAGAUCAUACAGCUUGCUGGCAAGCUCUGGUGAGAUUACAUGAGUUGAAAAACACUGAAUCAGAAAACAAUUUGAUCAGGUCAUCAUUGAUUUUUUUUUUUUUAGUUUUGAUUUGAACUGUUUGUCCUCUGUUGUAACUGCAGGUUUCAGAUGAUGAGCCCCGAAAUUUCACCGAAACAAAAAUAAGUUAUGAAAUGCUUUUAACUAUGGAUGAUUAUUGUAUGGAUUGGCUCAAAUUCUUUGCAAGAAUUCCCGUUUGUUCCCAGAGGAUGAAUCCUAACUAGUUUAAAGAUGCCCUGACUUUGUAAAUGCGGCCCUACCAUGAGGGUUAACAUCUGUGACGUUUAGAGAAAUGUCUGAAUAACGAGAUUUGUUACAGUCAUGUUUUCUCUCAGGAGGAACCGUCCCCGGUCAGCCUCAUCCAAACUUUGUAUUUAUUGUUAAUUAGCAAAUGCUACGAUGCUCACAUGCGGAACUACAAUAGUGAACACGGUAUUUAUAGCUGCUAACAGUCAGUAUGUCAUUUUUAGCAUGUUAGCUUGUUAGCAUCCAACUCAAAGAACUGCCCUGUGUACAGCCGCCAUAGGUAACAUAGACCCUUAGUCAUGCUAAUAUUAUGGAAUAUUAAAACAUUUUUUUGUGCAUGUCACCUUACAAACAAUCAUUCUCACCAAUCACAAAAGUGUCAAUCGUGAAAAUUAACAUCUGAUUGCUAACUGUUGUUCAUAGAAGCAUGUCACUGUGACACCAGCCCGAAAAAGAGCAGCGGAGACCGGCGUCUUCUGGCUCAGUGUUGGACAGACAUGCCUUUUUAAAAUACACUGUUUGCUCCCAUCGUGAUGGGCGCUGAGCGGUCUGUCCCUGUGUGCUUCAUACCCGAUCCAAUGGAAAGUCCCCCUGACUGGUUAAUGUGCGUCUGAGCUGUGACCUCGACCUCUGACCGACAGGAAAUCAUUUGUUUUGGAUUCACAGCGACUCGGUGGGGAGGGAAAUUUGGGACACUGUUCAACUCGAGAACAGUCUGGGGGGAUAAUUUAGCAGAAACAAGAUCAUGAGAAUUUUAACCAACUGACGAUUUUUAUUUUUUUUUUUAAUGUUUUUUUCUGCCUUGACUCUCUAUCUUCGCCCUGGAUAUAUGGUGAAUUAUGUCAUGCUUUUACUAGCAACCGAGCAUCUGCAACAGCUGUUUGAAUCUGCUGAAUACCUUGAUGAUGUUAUGUUGGAACUGGACAAAGGGGGGGUGGCGGGGGGGGGGGACACCAAACUCACAGUGUAAAGUUGAUGUAUUCAUGUAAGAUCAUUUUUAAAACACACCAAGUAUUUGUUGAGAACCUGCAGUAUAUUUACAUUGUCGUCCUUCUGGACAGGAACAAGGGUCUUUAAAAUCUUUUAAAGGAAUGAAAAUCAGCCAUAACGGACUCACUUGAGUAUUUUUAUUUCUUAGGUAUUUUUCUUACAGUUUCAUCUGCGUACAGUUUCAUCCGUCGGGAAAAACUAAUGUGAGCUUGUACAAAAUGCUGUUUUAUCACCAAAAUCAAGUCCUGGUCACUUAGCGUUUAAAAAUCUAAACACAGUAGGUGAUCACUUUUUGCCUUGUUAUGACUUUGUUGGUAUUAGUUGAUAUGCUGCUUUUGCCUUUAUAAAGCCUUCGGAUGUGUGCUAGCUGUAGCCGACGAUCACAGUUGUUGCCCCCGUCAUGUCUGUUCAUCACAUUAAAAAGUGCAAAAUAAGUGUGUUACCGGUGUUUAAAGAGUGCUUGCCAGUGAGUCGCAGUGCAGAAAAAAAAACUUCCACGUUGAAUGACUGACAGAUUGUAGCACGACAGCAUUUAACUUUUGUUACAGAUUGUAGACAGAUAGAUGCCUUCCUCCACUUGUGCAGUGUUUUAUUGUCGUCACUCACUCGCAUUUUAAAUAGCAACCAAAAUUGGCUCUCUCCCCCGCUUCACAUUGUGAGAGCUGACCUUCAGAACCAUUGAAACCAUUUUACCACAGCUCUGCUGGAGCAGGUGAGAGGGUUUAGUGCCUUGCUUAAGAGUUUAGAGAGUGCGCGGAGGGUUUGAAACUGCCAAAAUCAAAUAAAUGAUGGCUAAAAAAAAACCCCCAAAGAAUAUGCCAUUAAAUGCGCCAAAAACAAAACUGAGAAUCAAAGUGCACACUCGCUAAUUUAUAAAAUAUUUGAUGUUUCUAUUUUCCUACCUUUUGGUUACAGAAAACAGAAAUAUCAAUUUAUGUCACAAUUUAUAACUUAAUUAAUAUCUGCAUUUGUUUUUCAAUUCAGUUUCGGUGCAUUUCAUGGCCAUUUAUAUUUAUUUAUUUUGGCAGUUUCAGUCCUCUGUAGAGAGUGGUUUAAAAGCAAAAGCUCAAGGCAUUCAACAUGUUUGUUAGACCUUAAGAACACACACACACACACACACACACACACACACAUACAAUAUGUUUCGGUGGAUAACUUUAAAUGUAGAUAGAAAAACUCCACCACCCACACCAAACUUGUUAUAUUUGGAUAAUUUUGAAGCACUCAGACUGAAACGAUUGUGUGUCUGAGGCUGAUCCAGACCCCUGGCAGUGUGUGUGUACAAACGUACGUGCGUUUAGGUGUUUGGGCCCCGUUCUAAUUGCAUGCAUGUGUAGUUUGACCUUGACUUUUGGCCUUGUUGAUGCGAUGACCAGUUUCAAUGCUCAGGGUAGAAAACUAACUGGACAACUGGCAAACUCUGUCCCGUAAGCACUGGUAACCAGUCUUUAAACACUCAGCACCCACAGCAGACAGGAGGAGUCUGUUGAUCCGAGUAUUAGCUUGUGUUCACGCAACAACUUUUAAGAACCUUUUGAGGGAAAGGAGUUGUCCAUCUGUUUUGUUCCAUUAUAUUCCAAA